AUGAGUAUUUUCAAAUUUAUUUAUAUGCCAAAGUACUAUUUAAGUAUUUAUAAUGAGUAUUUAAAUGCAUAUAGAAAAAAAAUUAAUAGAAUUCCUUUUUAUAUAAGAAGAACAGCAUCAGACAAUUUACCAGUCUUUCUUAAAUAUAAAAAUAGAAAGAAUCUUGUAGUAACUGUUAUAAGAAAGAUAAAGGGAAAUAAAGAAGUAUUGAAAAAGGAAAUUGAAUCAAUUUGUAACAGUAAUGUUAUAGAAAAGCCUGAUUGCUUUUUAAUCAAAGGAAACCAUAAAAAAAAAAUAAAAGACUAUUUUAAAUAUAUUGGAUAUUAA